GGAGUGCACACAUGGGUUGUGUAAAGGGAGACACGAGGCUUCACAUUGAACACCCCUUUCUCUCGUUUCUCAUCUUCACCUGAUUGCAUUGGUGAAAGUGGAGUAGGCGUUUGAGUUCUGCUGGCAUACAUGGGUUUUGGCAUUGGGACACUGAGUUUGUUCACAGCGGUCCGAUUUGAGGCUGCAAAUUUCAAUGGUCUGCCCCCAUCUCGGUCUCCCAAGUCGUUGCCUCAUCUCUCGCUCACAAAGCCGUCUUGGGUUGUGAGGACGGAGUCGAAUGUUCGGAAGAAAAGAAGAAGGAAGCCGGAUCCGCAUUGCGAGGUAUGUGAGGGGAGUGGAAGAGUUGAUUGCCACGAGUGUCAUGGAAAGGGGAGGACAAACGAGGUUCAUUUGGAAAUGCUCUCAAAAGGUGAAUGGCCAAAAUGGUGUAGGACUUGUGGUGGAAGUGGUCUUAGUUACUGCUCCCGCUGCCUUGGGACCGGAGAGUAUAGGUAUAUCAUGGGCUUCCAAUUCAUGAACAUUGACAAUAAUCAAUCCCAAGGAAACAAGUCUUAGUUUUUUUUCUUUUUAAUCUUGGGUGGUGGUAUUAGGUUCAAGGUAUUAGAGGAUGUCUUGGUACAUCAGCUUUACCUGUAAUUGCUGAAUGACGAGUCUCAAUCACAGUAUAAAAAACCUUGAUAAAUA